UGGGUCCCUGGUUGUCUCUACAAUGUUUAUUGAAUCUCAGGUGUCCAUGGUGAUAGAUGACACCAGGUUACAAACUUUAGUAUUGCUCAAUAAAACUAAGGACAAAAAUGAAGCGACCCUUAAUCUAAACCACUCUUUGCCCCUGUUGAAGAAACUGGGUCUCCCCCUAAACGCUGCAGUAAUAAUGAAUUCUGGGAGUCACAGCAAUGGUUCACACUUUUAUACAUUCAACAGCAAUGCAGGAAAUCAAAUGUUAAGUCAAGAGAUGACAGUGACAAAGAUGUCUGAGACAGUGAGAGUAAAAAGCCAUUUUAGACACACGGUGAAUUAUCUGAAGAAACUGGGAAUCCCCGCCAAUAACAGCAUUCAGGUUGAGUUUGGUUCUGCUGAGGGGAAAGCCAUGACCUUACAGUCCCAGUUUGGCAGUCAGCUGGCAGGACUGAGACUUAAGACGAAAAAAUUUCCCAAAGAAAUAAGAGGAAGCAUGUGGCACAGCUGGUCAUGGCUACAUGACAGAGGACUGCCACUUAAUAUAGAGGGUCUUUGUUCCAUCCGAGGAAUCUUCUCUCAGCUUCAGUCCGGGGCUCAGCUCACUGUGGACGGACACAAGCUGCUCACGUCUGGCUUGAAUUUCAGUGGCACUGAUGGACGUUUGGCAGUUGUUUUCUCCUACUCUCCUCCAGCUUUCAAUCAAACAAGAACACAAUACAAUCUGGACACUGUCCUGACUGCUCAGUUCAAAGGCCCUCUGAGGAGCGCCUCAUUAGACAUUCGCUGUCAGGAUUGGAGGGUCCGAGCGGUGGGGGAUGUUGGAGGUUGGGGCGCACAUGGAGGAACCAAGGAGGCCAGAAUCACACUGAAACACACAGUACAGGGACAAGCCAUCCCUAUUUUUCAGGUGGAGGCCUGGGGAAGACUUACUGAGACACAGCUGAGGUGCUCCGUGGCUGUAAACCCUGAACUCAGCACCUCACUUGCACUCAUUGUCCAGGGACACCAUGUGCCUCACAGCAAGGACCUGAUGGUGAAGGUAGUCCAGAAUAUCCCCACAAUGUUGGCCUACCUCCCCUCUCAGCUCAAUGUCCGAUCUCAGCUGAACCAGUCUGAGUCCACUGCUGCAGGCUUGGUGGAGGUGCUGUCAGGCAGGAGGAGGCUGUGGGCUCUGGGGGAGCUGGCAGCCAUAGAGAGCGGAUACAGGCAACUUCUAGAGGUCAAACACUCGUACCCACAGCUGAAGCCACUCCCCAGAACUGUUGCAGUGAGGACGGUGUACGAGGCUCAGAAAUGGAGCUACCAAGUUCAGCAAGCAGCUGUUUGGGGCAACCAGGAGUUCAGCUUGUCUGGUCUGUACUCUGCUCCACCAGCACUGGAGAUGGGGAACCAGACUAUCAAGGUUCAGAUCACCUGCAUUCCCCGUCUGACCAGUUUGGAUGUGACACUGGAGCGUUCAUUACAUGGAAGACUAGACAGUGUUUUACUGGACUGGACGAGGCAUGGACAACUGGAGCAGGUCAGAGCCCUCAGCUCGUGGAGUUGCUCGGAGGAAAUAAAUGCGACCAAACUGGAGCUGAAACAACCGUUCACCUCCACGUUCAGCCAGCUGUCGCUGCACACACGGUCACAAAACUCACAGAGAGAACAGCGCAGCAGCCACCAGGCCUAUUUGUCAUGGGACGGCGCUGUCCCUGCCAAUGUCUCCCUCAGCCUGAACAAACAGUGGCAGGCCAAUUCCAGCAGGGGGCAGGCAUGUGCUCUGUUUUCAGCCCAACAGAUGGCUGUAUCUUCUGUUAAAGGAUGUAUCUCAAUGGCACACGAGGGGAACUCCUUUUCCCAAAAUGCAGAAUUAAGAUGGGACAGCCGGAGCCUGAAGCAAGGCAUGAAGUACCAGAAAGGUCAGCGGGGAAUGCACAGCCUCCAGGUUAAUGUUGGUCUGGAUAGAGUUUCUCCGGCACCCUGUCCUUCACACACACUUCUAGCCAAAGUUCAAACCAACCUCAAGGACCGUUUAGAGCACACUGUGCAGCUGGGCCUCUGUCCCCUACACCCCACUCUGUCGUGGUCAGGAACCCACAGAGCGAACUUAGGGGAGGAGCUGUUUUACACUCAGUCUCGCCUGUCAGUGACAGGGCGUCCGUACCACUGCAGCUUCACCCUCGCCCUCACCAACUCCUCCACUGCUCAGGGGUCCAACAUGUCUCUGUUCUCUGAGUCUAGGAUGGGUAAUUACAGUCUGGAGGUGAGGGGCAGGGCCCUGUCUCAGACCCAGAGGUCAGGUCUCUGGGUGCAGGCCACACUGGACGGCAGAGAGAAGAUCUGGCUGAAUGGUACCCUCGAGGGACGAUGUCUGCAGACUACAGCAGGUCACGUGAAUGGUCCAGGCCUGAGUGAGGAUCUCACUGUAGCAGCAUGUGUGGGAGUAAAUCACAGUUUGAUACUGGAUGUGCAGAAAAGAAGUGGCAGCGGCACAUCUGAAACUCUGGGCAGCGUGUUUCUGGGAAGAGCCAAUCAGAGGCUAAUGCUGAGAGCAAGUGGCUGUUUGGAAAGUCUAACUGCAGCAGAGGAACGGUUUGACUAUCUGAGCUCUCAGAUACAACAUAAACUUAUGGAGAGAAUCAAGAUAUUACAGCGUCUACUCAUAGAUUUUAGAAGACAGUCCAGAGACAGUCAGCUGCUCCAGGAGUUGAGUGCUCUGCCUCUUCAUGUUUCACAGCGAGCUGAAGCUCUGCUGGGGAAGAAAGAAAAAGGCAUGCUGGCUCUGUGGCAGAGCAGCCCCCUGCGUCACUUCUUGACCGACAGCCUGCCUCACUUUCUGAAUCUGCUGCAGCAUGCCUCACUGCAGGGACAGCAGGAACUGAGAAGGCCCCUUGCCACUCUGGCAGGUGUGUAUCAGGAUGUGAAGGGCCAGAGGCUGGAGGCGAUGUGGAGGGAGGCUGUUUUGUUGUGGACUAACAGGCUGGUGGAGAUCCUUUCUGCUCUGCUGGAGAAUCCUCAGCUCAGGCCACUGUCACAGGCGGGUGUUACCACGCUCAGCAUCGCCCUAGAUGUGGCUGGCCAGCAUACCUACCACUGGAUUGAGACCAGGUUGGCGAUGGCUCUAUCUGGAGUCAGGAAACAGCUUGCCUCCAUCUACAGACUCUCCCCCAGUGAAUGUUCGCUGAUUGUGUCAGCACCGCUGCCGCAGCUGCCCUGGUCGAGGAUGGCCAAAGCUGGGCUGAUGGAGAUCCUUCUGGAGGAAUGGAUCCUGAGACCUCUGCAGACCCUCGCCUCUGUCAGACCCACUGCUGAACUUUAUCGUCUCAAGAGGAAGAUCAUGGACAGCCCCUUCACUCACCAAGCUUUAUUGGUGGCGGAUCAGUUCGUAGUGACGUUUGAUGGUCACUUAUACGAGCUGCCAGGUUCAUGUCCGCUACUCCUCGCCCAAGAUGUCAGCCCCGAGCCGUCGUUCACGCUGCUGCUCGGCACAGACGCACAGGACCUGCUCCUGAUACAAAUGAAUAACCACACCAUCAACAUUCAGCGCGAUGGACAGGUGAAGGCCGACUGCAGCAGCAGCGCUGUCAGCCACAUAUUUCACACUGAGGAUGGACUGUCAGUCAGGAAAGCGUCGAACGUUGUGCAGGUGUCCAGUCAGAACGGAGCGUCAGUGUCAUGUGACAUGUCGCUUGAAGUGUGCAGCUUCACACUGGACGGAUGGUCACAUGGUGUGUCCAGUGGUCUGUUUGGGACCAAUGAUAAUGACGCAGGAAAUGAUUUUCCUUUGUGUGACGGAUCUCAGGCUAAAAGCUUGGAGGAUUUUCUUGACACUUGGCAGAUGAAACCAACAUGCCUCAAACCUUCAGGGACAACAGAGAAUUUUUCAAAAGCAGCCACGAGUCCAGCGAGCUGCGACUUUCUGUUCUCUUCUGCUGAUUCUCCACUCAGGUCUUGUUUCAGGGUGGUGGAUCCCGGCCAGUUUUUGUCUGUGUGUAAAUUCAGCUCAUCCAGAGCACCCUGCAGAUUAGCAUUCGCUUUCGUUCACCUCUGCCAGCAAAACUAUGUACCCCUGGAGGUCCCCAUUCAGUGCAUGAAAGUAUGAAGGAAGGACAAGCUAAUGAAGAGCAACAAUGGGAAAUUUAUGGCCUCUGUAAGCUGCUAUAAUGGACAGAUUUAUUCUUGUAUACCACUGUUUGUGCCCCAUUACCUUUAUACUUUCAUUUUGUACUCCACUGUAUAGUCACACAUUCGUAUACCUCCUGUAAUGUAAAACCUUUGCCCUGUUUAGACAUCCAGUGUGAAUGCAAACACAUUCACUGUAGCAAGUAGGUUAUUAAUAAAAC